CGUCAGCGUACUUCCGCUUCGUCGGUGUGUGUACACGCUGUCUGACAUGAAAACAUGGCAGUGACAAUGAACCAAGCCGAUGUGCAGAUGCAACCAAAGGAGGAGGGAGACGACGAAGAUCGGUCGAUUUCUAGGUCUGACAGUGGUAGUGGAGAUGAUUCCAUGGAUGGUCUGUCGAAGCACAGAUGCCCCCCGACGCCCUCACUGUCCCCACAGAAGCGGGCCACGAGUCAGAGUAAAACCGAACCACCUCUCUUGCGGACCAACAAGAGGACCAUUUACACGGCGGGCCGUCCACCCUGGUACAAUGUCACUGGGACCACUUUCAAGGAGGCAUUUGUCAUUGGUUUGUGUGGAGGCAGUGCCUCAGGGAAAACCACUGUGGCCAAUAAGAUCAUUGAAGCACUAGAUGUACCAUGGGUAGUCCUGCUGUCCAUGGACUCAUUCUACAAGGUGUUGUCCAAAGAGGAACAGGAGCUGGCAGCCAAGAACGAGUACAAUUUUGACCAUCCAGACGCCUUCGACUUUGAGCUGCUCGUGAACGUGCUGAAAAAAUUGAAGAAGGGCAAAAGCGUCAAGGUGCCCGUCUACGACUUCAACAGCCACAGCCGUCGGAAGGAGUGGAAAAAUGUGUAUGGGGCCAAUGUUGUCAUAUUUGAAGGGAUCUUGGCGUUUGCCAACAAGGAGCUGUUGAAGACACUAGACAUGAAGGUGUUUGUUGACACGGAUUCAGACAUCCGCCUGGUACGUCGUCUCAAGAGGGACAUAUCAGAGCGGGGUCGUGACAUCACUGGCGUCAUCAAGCAAUACAAUAAGUUUGUGAAGCCGGCAUUUGAGCAAUACAUCGAGCCCUCUGUUCAGGUGGCAGACAUUGUCGUCCCCAGGGGGGGCGAGAACUUUGUGGCUCUAGAUCUGAUCGUGCAGCAUGUGCACAGCCAGCUGGAGAAGAGGAAGCAGCGUGGGGAUAUGUCAGCCCUGGCCACAGCGCAUCAGGGCCAGCCGCUACCCAAGACCCUCACGGUCCUGGAAAGCACACCGCAGGUCCGCGGCAUGCACACCAUCAUCAGGAAUAAGGACACGAACCGCGAUGAAUUCAUUUUCUACUCCAAGCGAUUAAUGAGGCUGCUGAUCGAGAGGGCUCUCUCCUUUCUGCCCCUCAAGCCUGUGUCUGUGGAGACGCCUCAAGGGGCCAUCUAUGAGGGGAAGAGGCUCAGUGGAAAAAGGAUCAGUGGGGUGUCUAUCUUGCGAGCAGGCGAGACGAUGGAGCAGGCCCUGAUGGCCGUCUGUAAGGACAUCCGUCUGGGGAAGAUCCUCAUCCAAACCAAUCACGACACUGGAGAGCCCGAGCUCCACUACCUGCGCCUGCCAAAGGACAUCACUGAGGACUACGUGAUCCUGAUGGACAGCACUGUGUCCACCGGGGCUGCAGCCAUGAUGGCCGUCAGAGUGCUUCUGGACCAUGAUGUCCAGGAGGACAAAAUCUUCCUGCUGUCCCUUCUCAUGGCUGAGAUGGGAGUCCACUCGGUGGCCUACGCGUUUCCCAAGGUCCGCAUAAUCACCACGGCUGUGGACAAGAGGGUCAAUGACAAGUUCCACAUCAUCCCAGGGAUUGGUAAUUUCGGGGACCGUUACUUUGGGACAGACGCCCCUUCGGACUGGUAUGAGAGUGACGAGGGGAUGGACUGCUGAUUGAUGAGGGUGCUGGUGGGAUGGAGGCACACACUGUGAGCACUUACCUAUGCUCAGCAUUGUCCCUGACCCUUGACCUACAUCCUGACACCCCACCCCAACCCCCCGCUGAAAUGCCCAUAUUGCCCUCAAAGUCCGCAACCUGCCCUGCCAUCCCCUCCCCUCCCCCCCAGUCAUUGUGCCAUGCCAGACUCUGCUGCUAUGCCCACACCGCCUGAGGCUCUCUGCCUCUCAUUGCAAGGCCAGAGCUUGGAGCCUCUCCCGACUCCCUUCGCCAAACAGAAACAUUCAACUGGAGCCCAUACUGAAGACAACUGCAGAGGGCUGACUUUGGUCAGAACAGUUAAUGUCUUUCUUUUUUACUUUUAAAGCAUCUGUGGAGCUGAAUAGAGAGCAUUUUCUCUUAAUGAUGUGUUGUUCUGUAGAGUUCCCCUCUGGUCCUUCAGUAAAGGGUAUGGCUGCUAGUAAGGGGUCAUGGAAUGCUUUCUGCUGUGGCUCACGUACAUGUGCUUUGCAAUACUUCAUGAGAGGCAUGCAGGACAGGUGUGAGGUCCAUAAGUGCUUGAAUUUGGAAGUGAAGAGUAGUUGUUACAGCUUGAUUCUUGUUUCUUUUUAGGAAGUAAAUUCUUUGUGCACAAGGAAAAUGUCCUUCUGAUUUCGUUGAAGUCUUAAAACUGAAAAGUUGUAAAUGAUUGAGUAAAUGUUGUUUUCUAUGUUUUUUCUAUGAAAAGGUCUUAGUGUUGAAAAGGGAUAGCCUGUGAUUGUAGAGUGAAAGGGAAUCAAAUCAGGAAAGUACCUUGUCCAAGGGAUCAUUUUUCCCUCCUACAUAUUUUACAGCUGCAACAAUUGUCUUUCAGGUAUGCAAUACUUCUAUUUUCAGCCAUUUUAUUCUUGAUUGUCUACUUGAAUGAUGCUUUUGUUUUGUAAAUUAUUUUGUUGAUGUGUAUUUAAUGUUGUCCAGGCGAACUGUUUCCUUUGGUUUCAAAAUACUAAUCCACACAUGGCCAUUUCACACAUUCGGGACUGGGCACGUUCAAAGCUUUGUUUAGUACGUCUUUAUGAAGAGGCCAGAUUUGAAUGGCAUUAGGCAACAGAUUAACCCCAUUCUGGUGCAGGCCUCAAUAUAGGAUCUCAGAUGAAUGAAUUGCACACGCGGUGUGCUUUUCCUGUUUUUCAAGGUCUGCUGAAAGGUUAAAG